UUUAGAUCGAGAAAUAGUCGAAGUUCUGAAAGUUCGAAAAACGUUCGAAAAUGUCUGCCUCCCUCGUGUAUGUAUUAAAUUAUUGGUAAUGAAUUCAGGUCGAAAGCAUGGCAGUAAAUUUUUGUCACGAACGUCUGGGCACUCGAAUAUUGUGUAACCAAGUCUCGACUGACAAUUAUGGUGUAGAAAACCUUAUUUCCGAAGACCUCGUAUCGAAAAAUCGGGGUUUCCUUGCGGACUCUUUUGUGCGCCCACCCGUCGAUAUAAUCGUGCAAUUUCCAUGUCCUAUAAAAAUAUGCUGUGUUUUUGUGAAUACCAAGGUUGGUUCUCAACAAUCUACUGGAUGCGAAAUCUUCAUUCAAAGUGAAGAAUCAGGUGGAUAUGAUGCAUUCAACUAUGGUACCUUCAUCCAUGUGGGGAAGUAUUACUUGGAUUGUGACAAAAAAGGAAUUGUCUUUUCCAGUGCUCUACAUUCUCCAUCAUGCAAAUCAUCCCAAACUGAAAACUUUGCUAGGCAGGAGAUAAGUGGACGAAUGACCAAGAUCUUGUCCUCAGUUUGGAGUUUGCGAAUUAGAAUUUUAAAAACAUCUGGCUCUUCAAUUCCAGCAAUUGGAGGCCUGGCAGUGUGGGGCUAUGUGGACCAUUUGUGUCCAGCUCCACUGGCUAGAACUGUCCUACACAAGUGGCACAACGUGAACCAGUCAACAACUGCGCCGCCUUCUAACACGCUUAAAGUGAUUGACGACCGCAAAAUUAGUCCCAACACCGAAGCAAUUCAAAUUGCAAGUGCCAUGCCUGAAGAUGAUUUCGAAAUACCCGAAGAAUUUCUUGAUGGGUUGACGUGCGAUAUAAUGGCCAUGCCGGUCCGUUUGCCAUCUGGUAACGUUAUAGACGAGAGGACACUGGAGCGUUUCGCCAAACAAGAAGCGGCUUGGGGCAGACCGCCAAGCGAUCCGUUCACCGCACAGCCGAUCUCCGCCAGUCAUCGUCCCGUCUACGAUACAGCUCUCAAAGCUCGCAUCGAUUCAUUUCUAUUGAAAGAAUCUCACCGACCGUGCCUCAAAAACGUCCCGCGAACAACGGGUCCGAUCCAGACUAGGUCGUCGGACACGCUUCUCCAGCUGGGUGACGAAUCAAAAGCCACAGACAAACAAGCCAGCACAUCUGCGUACCCACCCGUUGCCGCACCUCCACAACCAACAGUCAUCGAUCCGUCGAGAAGGUGGCUUUCCAGCGUGGCUUCCAGCUUGCAACAUUUAACCGGAAGACGUACUACCACCGUGCGAUCCAAAGCUCCGAACAGCUCACCUGUUACGCGUCCUUCUGGCGUCUUACCAAAAAGCAACACUUCGGCCUGCCUUUGCGGCUUUCAAGACGUUCGGCCCGUCUACUCUCUGCCAUGUAAACAUCGUAUCUGCCGGUCGUGUUUACUCAACGUGAAGGCCAAUGACGCUCUGUCCUGCCGCGAGUGUCAGUUACCCUUUGGCCUGCACGAACCCGUCUUACAACAUCACCAUCUAUAGGAAAUAGUGUGUCCUCGAUCGUUGGCCGAUUGUACGACAAAGACCGGGGGUGCCAAAAAACGCAUGGCAUUGCGGAAUGUGUGGGCGCAUUAUGCACAAACGGCUUGCCACCGCUCGUGCGCGCGUCUCACUCGGCUCACGUUUUCUUCCUGCUUCUUCAUGCGGCUUUUGUAAGUUUAGAAAUUUGUU